AUGUCGCAUCAGACCGACCAAGAGGGUGGGGCCAGAUCUAGGGCUACCAAAAAGGCCGCCGCGCAAGCCAAUCAAACGAAACGUGCGGCGGGGAAAAAGGCUGAGGUGGGAAAGCAGAAGCCCGGGAAGAAGGCGGAGGACAAGGGGAAGCAACCAACGGCACGCAAGCGUGUUUCGGCCGUCAGGAGCGAUGCGGAUGUUGCCACUGCUGCCUUCGAGCCCGGUCAUUCUGACGACGGCACCAUCGGCGGGAACGAAGACCCUGGGCGUGGCGGCGUGAGUGUUGCCGUCCGGUCGGGGGACAGAGAGGGCUUUGCGACUGGAGGAAAGCACGGCGACUCUCCCCGCCAAGAUCAGGCCGCAACUUCGCCGUCCGUGGCAGAGGCAAAGCAGCAGCAUCUGACGCUGCCCCCCCCGCCCGUGGUCGAAAUAUCUGCUGCAGUGAUAGAUAAGGAGAAGGAUGCCGCGCACGAUUGCACGGAGGGGCCGAAACACGACAUUGCCGACGUAGGUGCAUCUCCUCCCUCUGGGGGACGCGGGAGGCGUAGGCAGAGGAAGAGCGAUGGUGAGGAGGAGAAUGACACCCCCAUGGCUGAGGACAUGCCCAUACGCGCGAAGAGGAGGCAGACGACAGCCAGCAGUGACGACGCCGGUGGUGCUGAAGUUGGGACAAUGCGAGGCACCACGGCGCCAAGUGGCUUGGCGACAGAUCAUGCAAUGCGGCAUAAGCGCGGCAAAGAAGGCCCUGGUGAAGCGGAUGUUGAGGACGAGGGGGAUGGGGAGGAGGAGGCCGAGGAGGAUGCGGAGGAGGAGGACGAGGAUGCAGGAGAGGGAGAAAAGGACGAGGAUGAGCAGGAGGGCGACGAUGAUGAGGAGGAGGAGGAGGAGGAGGAGGAUGAGGAUGAGGACGAUGAGGAGGACGAUGAGGGGAACGACGAGGAUGAGGAGCAGGAGGAGGAGGAGGAGGAUGAGGAGGAGGAGGAGGAGGAGGAGGAGGAGGAGGAGGAGGAGGAGCAAGAGGAGGAGGAGGAGGAGGAAGAGGAGGAGGAGGAUGAUGAGGAGGAGGAUGAGGAGGAGGAGGACGACGAGGAGAAAGAGGAGGUGGAGGAAGGGGCGGAUGAGGAGGAGGAGGAGGAGGAGCCGGCAGGGAAAGGACGGGGCGCGCGAGGCGGGCGGGGGAGUGGCACAGGGAAGGUGGGGGGCCGGUCUGGACAAUCCCGGAAACGCGGGGCGGGGAAGGAGAAGGUUGACGAAUCGGCUAAACCGGGCAUUGGGCCACUGGUAACCGUGCAACGGAUGCAGCUAGUGAAAGGGGCCGGAAGAGCGAGUGUGGCACCGCUAUCCACAGGAGGACCAAGGUUCUUCACGCCAUACUCCGGCCCGAGCAAAGUCGCUGUGACUGCACCCGGCGCGGCAACAGGCGAGGAAUCCGAAUCCCCUCCACCAGCCCCCGUCACGCACUCCCCACUCGCCUCUCCCUCAUACCUAUUUCGGCCACUACACGCUUCUCCAACCCGGGGCAGGGCGGUCUCCCCCCUCGCCGGUCCAUCGCGUGUGCAUCAACCAAGCACCAUUGCCAAUCCCUUCCCUGAGCUUCCCUUUUCCCGCCAGCGUGAUAGUGUGAGGGCACACGGUGCUGCUGCAGAAGACGUUGAUCCCCUUGGCCAGAGAGGGGUUUCUACACACCCUUUUCCGGAUGUCAUGGAUGCGCUGGCUGAAGGUGCAGAGCACGGGCAGUUUGUUACACGAGACGAGUUCCAGCAGCUACGGUCUGAGAUGUACGCCAUGUUUGUGUUGUUCAGGAUCCGUCACUUUGAGAGCUUACGAUGA